AUGUCGUCAUUACGGCAGUCCCCACUACCCACACUACAAGCCCUUUCAUCCUCGUUCACCGAACUGAACACAAUCCUUCAACCUCUGCUCUCGCACAACUACGGAUCGCUCAACUCGGCAUUACAAUCCAACAGCAGCUCCACAAAGGAAAACACCGAAGAUGAGUUGCACGGUCGCCUCGACGCCGCACGAAUGCAAGUGUCGGUCGCGUAUGUACUGUUGGAUCUAGUUUGGAUUCUGCUCAAGACAAAGGGAGUGGACACAAAGGAUCAUCCAGUGAUGCAAGAGCUGGAACGGGUAAAGAGCUACUUUGGCAAAAUCAAGAGUGUACAGGACAAGGAGAAGGAGCCGGCUGGUGAACAGAGUGUCAAGGUGGACAGGAGUGCUGCAGGUAGGUUCAUCAGGGCUGCGCUGGCGGGCGAGCCGGGAACCACCCAGGGAAAGCAUACCAAGUUUGAGGAAGAGACCCCAGUGAAGGUCAAGCAGACCGAGGAGACACCAAAGAAGACCGAGGCCAAGGAGGUGAAAGCGGCUGGCUCGACACCAACGUCGAACAAGAAGAAGCGCCCUGCAAUGGACCCUUUCGAAGGCUAUGAUAAGCCCAAGACCAUCAAGACGGCUUCGGCUACACCAACGGCAAAAUCAACAGAUAGUGCAGCCAGCACACCUUCGAAAAAGCACAAGAAGAGCAAAAAGACUUCGGCAUCAAAGUGA